UUAGCACAGUGGUCUCCAAGCAACACAGUGUAAAUAACCAGCAGGGUUUAUUGUUAUCAUUGUUUGGUUAGGGAGCAUGAUAGAUUAUCUGAGAAAUGAAUGAAACGUAGCUUUAACGCGAGUUAAUAAAUUAACUAGGUUAAGACGGGAUUAAGUGCACCCUCGAAGAAGAUCCCAUUGCUACAUUACAGGACAUAACCUGGGGUAUGGUCACAAACUCUUUUCAGUUCAGACUUCUCUGAUGGUUGCCGGCUAGCCAAUGGGGCUGUUUGACAAGUUGGUUGGAUGGCUGGGCUUAAAGAAGGAGGUGAAUGUGCUGUGUCUCGGUCUGGACAACAGUGGAAAGACCACCAUCAUCAACAAACUCAAGCCCUCAAAUGCCCAGGUGCAGGACAUUGUCCCAACAAUUGGCUUCAGUAUAGAGAAGUUCAAGACAUCCAGCCUGUCCUUUACAGUCUUCGACAUGUCUGGACAAGGCAGAUACAGAAACCUUUGGGAACAUUACUACAAGGAAGGCCAGGCUAUCAUAUUUGUCAUUGAUAGCGCUGACAAACUAAGGAUGGUAGUGGCCAAAGAAGAGCUGGACACAUUACUAAAUCAUCCCGAUAUUAAACACAGGAGGAUCCCAAUCCUGUUCUUUGCUAACAAAAUGGAUGUCAGGGAUGCCCUGUCCUCUGUCAAGGUCUCACAGCUGCUCUGUUUGGAGAACAUUAAAGACAAACCUUGGCAUAUCUGUGCAACCGAUGCUCUAAAAGGCGAAGGUUUACAGGAAGGGGUCGACUGGUUACAAGAUCAAAUCAAAACAAUGAGAACAUGAGAGCAUGAAGAAGGGCCCGCCAGAAGUAGCAGCACCAUUCAUGGAAGUCUUUAAUAACAGACAGGGUGGGUGUUGUCAUCAUUGGUGCCACUACAGUUGUUUUUAGGAUAUUUAGAUGGUUCUUGGAUGAGUUUGGUUCAGUCAAAAAAUAAUUUCAUUCUCUGGUGCAAAUGAGAAAAAGCAGAAGGUGUCCACUGAUUGCAACAAAAGUAAUGCACAACAAUUGGCAACUUUAUUUAGGAAAAAGCUUACUUUUCCAACUUUUUGAGAUUAAACUCAAAAAUACAUGAUCUCAUCAAUAUUUAUGUACCAGAGGUUAUGAAAUGUAGCUGCUCUGAAACUAACUGUUUCUUUGUCUUUGUUGUAAAGAAUAUUUUGAAUGUUAAAAACACACACACACACACACACACACACAUAUAUAUAUAUAUAUAUAUAUAUAUAUAUAUAUAUAUAUAGGGAAGUGACCCCAAACUUUUGAACGGUAGUGUGUGUGUAUAUAUAUAUAUAUACUUCUUUAUCCCUUAAACCUUUUCCUCUGAUUGACCCAACAAUAGAACAGUGGUAUAAACAUUUUUUUCUUUUUUUUUCACUGAUUCAUUCAAUUAUUUUCUAUUUAAUUAAGCAUACAGUAUCAGCCAGUAUUAGAAGCUUUAAUCUGCAGAACAGGUGUCUGGUUCUGCCUGUUUCCAGCCUUCAUGUGUCCUCAGUCAUUUUGUCAUUUAUUUUUUCAAACGCCUGUCAUGACAUCUAUGCAGACAAUACCAAGUUUGUUUUUACCAACAGAGGCAACAUUUCUGAUACUUAUUUUACUAACGCAUGAAAUUCAAUCUAUUAUAAGUCUAUUGCCUUUUCAAACAUGCUUACAAGGCCAUCUCUCUGCCACAAGAAAACAUAACAGCCACUUUGUCUUUACUGCAGCUAAUAAAACAUGCAACUCUGCAUAUGUUUGGGCAGCGUUGUAGCCACAGUGACAAUGAAAGACUACAACUUAAAUGGUUAGGACAAAGUAGUCUGUGUUGAACAUAUUCUUACUUGCGUCCAAGUUCAUACAAAUAGCCUACUAGCUAACUAAUAGCUAGCUUACAUGUGUAAAGUGAUUGUCAUAAAUGAAUGUGAAGUUAGCCUGUAAAGUUUGUUAAUAAAAAUUAAAACCUCUGUAAAAAGCUCA